UAAUUAUUUUUUUCGCUAUUAUUUAAAAAAAUUUUAUACGAUUUUAUGUUUGUCAAGUGAUAUACAACCGGAUAUGAUGUAACGCGCAGUGCAGUAUGGACUGUGUUGCAACGUGGGAAUGCAGUGGUUAUGUUUAUAAAUAAUUACAUUAAUUGAGAAAAUAAUUUUUGAAUAUUGUUAUAUAUUAAAUAGUGCAAAAAAUGACGUCGAAAUUGCAAAAAUUAGAUGACGAAUACAAGAACUUAAUAGGAGAAUAUAAUAUCAUGAAAUGUAGACUUGAUAGCAAAACUGAAGCACUUUUGAUAUUAAGUAAAGAAUUAGAUAAAUAUAGAAGUGAGAGAGAUCAGUUUAAAUUGAUGGCAAGUCAAUUGAGAGAAAGAUACAAUGCUCUUAAGAAAAGGAUCGAAGGUUGGGGUCCAUCAUUACUAGGAGUAUAUGAUAUUAGAGGCUUUAAAGGUGAUAGAGAACAAAGUCUUGCACAAUUAUUAUGUGAAUUGAAAGAACAAAAUAAAUCUUUGAUGUUUGAAGUAAAUGAUCUGAAACAGAAACUGAGUGAUGCGCAAGGAGAUAUUAAAUUAUUAAGAGAACAAAUUGCAAGACAACGGCUUGGCUCGGCUGAUGAAGGUGUUGUUAUUCGUCAUUUUCCAGCUUAUGAAAGAGAAGAUCUGGUAAAACAACUUGAAGCUGUAAGACAAAAAUGUUUUAUGCUAGAAAAAGAUCUACAAGCAGUUCUUGAUGAAAAAGAGGAGUUAGUUACUGCCAGAGAUGCAUAUUGUCAUAAAGUAGAUCGGCUCAACCAUCAGUUAAACUGCAUGCUUCGAGGAGACAAAGAACAGAUAGUGGACAUUGAUGCUAUUUUAAUGGAUAAUAGAUUUCUCCAGGAAAGGUUGAAACAAGUACAAGAAGAAAAAGCAAUGGUUACAGCAACUCUUUCCAAAUAUAAGAGUGUACUAGAAAAGAAAAGGACUAGAAAUGGCAUAAGAUUUAAUACAUUGGGAAGUGGAAUUAUCAGUAGUAAACAAUUACAGCAAUUAUUACAAACUAAUCCUUUCUUGGAAAUAACUAACAAUCCUAACACUGUAACCGAUCUUCGUAACUUGGUGGUGGCAUUGUUUGAAUCUUUAAAUGAUAAAACACUAGCAUUAAGUCAUCAGAAAAAAGCUAACAAAAUUCUAGGAAACCGUGUUACUGAACUAGAGAAGAAAAUUAAAGCAAUUGAACUGUCUCAUCUUUGGAAUCUUCAGGAUUCAACAAAAAUGUGUACAAAUAAAAUAUGCUGUGAAGAGGAGAAAGUGGUUUUGGAAAACAAUCCAAUAACUCCAACACCACCUACGUGUACAAAGGCUGUUGCUUUAACUACAUCAAAUUUGUUGAAGAAUGAAGAAGUUGAAGAAGCCAAACUUCAGGAUGAAGAUUACGAAAAUACCUCUUCUGAAGUAGAGAAAAGAAACAGAAGUGGAUCUGGUUUUAGUGAUUUAGAUUUACUUCCCACUAAAGAAAGUCCUGUUCCUUCCGAAAGCUUUGUUCGAAGUUCCAGCAGUUGUUCAAGUCAUCUCAGCUCUCAUCCAAGUACUCCCUUGCGGACAUUAUUUCAAGAGAAUAGAGACAUAAGUAGCGAUUCUGAAAUCCCUUCAAGAUCCUCAGAUUCAGAUUUUCAGAGACAACGCUAUCUGAGUGAAGAAUCAUCAGGUUCUCAAAAUGAUGAUAAUCUCCCUCCUCAACUUCAGAAAUUAUUGGAUGCUGCUCUUGCAGAAAUAGAACAACAGAAUUUAAAAAAAGCCCAGUCUGCUUCAAAGAAUGUUAAUAAGGAAAAAGAAGAUCCAAAUUGUUAACUAUAUGUAACUAUAAAAUCAUUUUAACUUCUUUAUUUAAUUAAAAUUUUGAGUCAUUUCAAUAAAAUUGACCUUAAGAUAAGUAAGCAAAGAUUGCUAUGCAAAUAAAGAUUAUUUUUUUUAUAAAAUUAUUUUCAGCUUAAAUAUGCAUGUAUAGUUAUAGCAUUCGUAUUGGGCAGAGUUAUAUUCUCAUUUUCUCUUGUGCCAUACAAUAAAUGCUCUGAUUUUAUUCUGUAAAAUAUUUAACAUAUCAAUAUAUAAUUACUGUUAACUCUUUAUAUAUAGAAAGUGAUGGCCCAGUAAUGCCAAUUGUUUUCCUCCUAUUUAUGUGACAUUUUUGGUAACAACAGACAAACUAUUGUUUAAAUCCCUGCCAGAGUGCUGAGCAUCCAGUGUUCUGAUCUGCAUUCUAAACAUUUCAGUCUAAUAUUCUGACAGAUGCCUUGGAACAAUUGAAUUUAGUCCAUUGUUUCUGAAAUCUUUACAUCAAGGUCUGUAAAAUUGGUGUCAACAGUAAUUUUCAUUAUUUAAUAUCCUGUUUGUAGACAGUUACAUUUUUUGUUUACAAAAAUCAUGAUUUAUUUAAGCUACAAUUCAAGUUUUGAAUUGAAGUCAUCCAAAUAAGAUGUUGCUACAAUUUUUAUCUGUAAAGAUAUGAUUUAUUGAAAGAAAGAGUUUUAGUUUUUAUUAUAACAUUUAUUCAUAACAUAUACAGUAUGAAAACAGUACACUUGAUUUAAAGAAUGGAUUUUAUUGUGCAUCCUGUAACAUAUUGUGUUUAUCAUAUUUAAUAAUUGAGAUUUAGUAAUAGAGAGAGAAAUAGUUUAAAAUUCAAGCAAUAUUCAACACUAACUAAAAAUGACAUUCAGAUAAAAAAACAAAAUUAAAUGAGAAAAGUCAAAGUUGCUUUUAUUAAAGUAAAUAAUGAGAUGAUACACUUGAUUUUUUGGAAAUCUUGUUAAUAGAAAUCUAUACAUGUGAAUCAAGUUAUCUCACUAAUUACAGUUUGCAGAGUGAAAUAAAUUCUGGAAAAUAUAUUAAUAAUAGAUAAAUUGCAUUGUGUAAAAACUAUUUAAAGUUUAAUUUUAAAGAUAAAAAUAAAUUAUUCAGCAAUGUGGCAGAAUUAACUCAGAAUAACAUAUCAAAUGUAAUUAUUUGCUUAUUUAAAGAAAUUAGUUAAAGUUAGGUUUGAAAAAAUUGCUAUUAAUAUGAUGAUAAUGCAUUUAUCAGUUAUUAUUGAUAACUGGUAAAUGCAUCAUCAUCUAAUUUAUCAUUAAUUUAACUGAAAAUGUAUUAUUUUGCAAUUUUUAUUAAUUAAGUGUUGAAUUAUGCUAGAAGAAUACUAAACAAGCUCAAAUAUUAAAAUGAUGAAAAGUUUAGCAAAAAUAUUUUGUUUUAUUGCUACUAUUCUUCAGUUAAUGGAAUCAGAGUAGGCUUAAAGGAAUGCUGUAUUUAGUUAAUGCCCUUAGCAUCUUGAAAUGGCCUUAAAAAAUAUGGAACUUAUUCCAAAAGAAUAGUUGAAAUUUAAAAACGACACUAAACAAAAAAUGAAUUUUUUUGUUUAGUGUAGUUUGACAGAAAAUAAAAUUAAGUGCAAUUUAUAUGUAAAUAAAAAUAUUCCUGGCAUAGAAUGCAAUCUUGUCAUAGAAUUUCAACAAUUUUAACAUGAUUUUAGAUUAAAAUAAUGCCAUAGCUUUAGAAGAAAAGCAAAGAACACCUUUAUUAUUGCAAAUUUUAACAAAUUCUACAUAACUAAACUAUAGUUUUCAUUUAUAAAAAGAAAGCACUAUAAGUGCUAGUAAUUGAAUGUUAACAAGGAGAUGGCCAGAUGUUCAUAUCUCCGAUUUGUAUGAUACUUGAUGAGCAUGUAGCACUAAACACAAAUAGUUCCUUAUCCAAAUAAUAGGACCCACUUCUCAAGCAUUUCGGAAAAACAAGCUAAACACCCAAUUUUGAAAGGCCCAUAAAUCUCAAAGUUCUACCUAUUCUAGGAAUGGCAGUAGCCGAGUGAAUAAGGUUCUAGAUGCUAGAACUGCAUGAUAUGGGUUCGAUCCUUUGCGAUUUUAGUUUGUUACAUGUUACAUAAAAAAGUUUUUUAUUACAAAGAUAUUAGAAAAACCAGAUUUAGAUUUCUGGUCCUAAGCUAUAAUAGUAGAGAAGACUAGAGAAAAGAGGAUCUGAUCCUUUUAUAAAUAAUAAUAGAUUUAAAAAUGAAAGGCCUUUGGUUAUAGUCUCUUGUUAUGAGGCUAUAAAUCCAACCUCUAAUCUUAUAUGUUAAAUUUAAAUGAGUUUUUGAGUCAAUAAAAAUUAUGAAGAAUCAUUUCUCUG